AUGCCACGUUUCCUGCAGGUGCCGGUCAGAGCUCUGCUACUUGUGGUCGCCCUCGGGAUGCUGCUGGCGGUCCGCACCACCGCUUCCACGGACAACCGCCCACGGCGCCGCCCCACAUACGACUGGAUCCGAAGGAAGCUCCGACCACCACCCGUCAUCUCCAGGACUGGCGUCGAGGAGUUGUGGUUCAGGCAAAAACUGGACCACUUCGAUUCUACCAACAACGCUAUCUGGAGUCAGCUCUACUACCGCAACGACAGAUACUACAAAUCUGGAAAUCCUGUCUUCUUGUUCAUCGGUGGGGAGUCCGAAGCCAGCUCUUCAUGGGUGAGUGGAGGGUUCACGUUCACGCUGGCCAGGAGUUACGGCGCCCUCAUGCUGGAACUGGAGCAUCGUUUUUAUGGUUCCAGUAGGCCCAUUAGUCAGAGUAUAGUUGACAAAGAAUUCAAGCCUUCAGGAAAAACUAUCAGCCAACUUCAUUGGGAGUUUCUUGAAAGACUCAGGCAGCGCCAGGAGAACCCUCAGCUGGGCGCCGCCAAGUGGGUGGUGUUCGGCGGCUCGUACGCCGGCAACCUGGCCGCCUGGGCGCGCCUCCGCUACCCGGACAUCAUCGACGGAGACGUCGCCUCCAGCGGACCCGUCCUCGCACAGGCCAGCUUCCCUGAGUACCUGGAGGUUGUGGCUGAGAGCAUGCAGACGUUUGACCCUAACUGCUUACCGGUGGUGGAUGCAGCCAUGAAAGAGUUAGAGGAGCUGCUGCAGAGCGACGUCGGCGUCUCCACCAUCAACGAGCUGUUCGGGCUCUGUUCGCCACUGAACGUGUCGCGGGAGUACGAGGUGGCGGGUCUGACCAGCCUCGUCAUCAGUAGGUUCCCAUUCGCGGUACAGUACAACGACGUCAUGGUCGGCAUAAACAGCACCGUGCAGGAGGACUGCGUCGCCCUGCGGAGUGCCAGUGGCGACUCGCCCCUCCAGAAGCUCACCAACUUCUUGGCUGACGAUGACACGUCCUGCUUCGCCCCGACUACGAAGCGUCUAACGAGGAAUACUUGUCUACUGGAUGGGGCGGUGAUGGCACUCAUCCGUCUGCAGCGUCUGCGUCUUCUUGGUGGUAUCGCGGCGGAGGGAUUCUCGGAGGGUGAGGCAGGCGGCUCCAUCUCUGCAUGGAGAACCAUGCGGAAUCGUGUUUCCGCCUCCUGGAGGGUCGACUCGAUGUCGGGACCAGCUAUCGCCGCCGUCUUCCCACUCGCUGCGUCGCGCUGCCGCCCCCCUCCUCCGCCCUUGCCGCAGGCGGCGGGGGAAGGCGGCCGCACGUGA